AUGCUAUGCGGUCAGCCUGACCUCGCAGAGUCAGAGAAUAGCAGCAUCAGCCACCUGGCUGUGGAGCCCAGACUGCCUGGCUUUGAUGUUUGGUUCAGUGGUGCGAUUGCCCUACAGCCAGGGACCCCCUCGCCUGUCAAGCAAAGCCGCACUUCGGCCCCCCACGGGCCCGGUCUGGCCAGCUCCCUCGCUGUUCCCGAUCACAGGGGUGUUUCUGGCCUGUGUGGUUUUCUAGCCUGCUGCUCGCUUCUGCUUUUGCUUGCCAAUCCGAUACUGCCUGACGCCCAGGAGUUCCAGCCUUCUCGGCCAUCACAGGGUGGGGAGUGAUGGGCGUUUUGUUCUGAGCUCAGCCGUCGGGGUCACAAAGUUGGCAGCAAGCAUGCAAACCCAAUCGAGCUGAUCAGCCGCCAUGAUAGGAAGAAACCCGAGGCGCUGGCACGCUAGCCUGCUGAAUUGUCUGGCGCGUGUGAGGGGGCCAGCCACACCCGGGCUCCCGCAGCGCCUCUUGCGCCGUCAACUGAUGGCUGCUACUGCUGGAGCUGCUGGGCGUAGGUCGCCGGUCCGUCUGCGGGUGCCCUGCCCGUGCAAACAUUCCCAUCGUUUGGCGGCCAGACAGACGGGGGCCGCCGCAUCUCGUCCAAUAUUCCGGGUGCGGGCUUUUCAGCCCUGACCUUUCCAUCUGGGCAUCCGCCUUUGGCUGCCUACAUACCCGCAGUGUGAAUAUCUUCCGUCUUGGCCUUGUCCUCGGCAAUACUCAGCUCGCCGUCUUGGUAGUCAAAGCUUUGGAGAGCCCACUGGCGGAGAGCGCAUCGCCAAAGAGGCCAGGUGGGG